AUGUCCGCCCUCUCCCUCCCCCCCUCCAUCGAGGCCAAGCUGCCCAAAGACCCAGCAUCGACCGCAGCCCUGGAGCACGCGCACUCGAUCCUCCCGACCGCAAUCUUCAACCACUCUCUGCGCGUCUACCUACACGCGCUGCACUACGGUACACACGCGUCCCUCAGCCUCAAGGAGUGGCCGACCUGGUGGGCCGAUAACACGGCGCGCGCCGAAGCGCUGCUCUUCAUCGCUUCGAUUUCGCACGACGUCGGCACCGCGGCCGAGCAUGACGGACCUCAGCGUUUCGAGGUCGAGGGUGCCGAUGCUGCCAAGAAGAUCUGCCUAGAGCAGGGGAUCGACGAGGCCGACGCGCACAAUGUUUGGACGGCGAUUGCGAUCCACACGAGCGCGGGCGUGGCCGAGCGCAUCGACCCCCUGUCCCGGCUCGUCCGGCUGGGUGUCAAGGCCGACUUUACACCACCCGCGCAGCGCAAUGAGCUCGUCCCCGGCGUGGAUGCCGCGUCGUAUGCCGAGAUCAUCGAGGCCGACCUGCCCCGGCUCGAGGUCGAGCGCGUGCUCGCCGACGCGGUCGUCGCACAGGGCAACCCCUGCCUCAACGUCGAGAUUGACAACCUCAUCUGGCCGAGCAGCGAGAAGCACCCCAAGGCUACCUGGCCUGGCAUUCUCAUGCGCGCGCACGUCGAGAACCCCGCGCAUGAUGGCUGGCAAGAUGGACGUAACCCCGCGUUCUGA